CGGCACCCAAUAUUGCUGGAAUAUGCCUACAAGAUCCCAUUUUCCAAUAGAUAUUGCAAUAUCCCUGGAAUAUUCCUUGAAUAUGCUGUGUUAUCUUAUACCCAUGAAGAAUAUUCAUCGAAUAUGUUUUCACGAAUAUUCGUCAGAUAUUCUCCUUGAAUAAUACUGGAAUAUUCAAACGGCAUAUCAAGCUGAAAUGUAAGAAUUUGAAUAUUCCGAGAAUAUUCGAAGAGAAUAUCUGACGAAUAUUCAUGAAAAUAUAUUCCAUGAAUAUUUUUCAUGGCAUAUUUAUAGCAUAUCAGUUUUUUAAAGGAUCAACUUGGAAAGUUCCUCGUUCAUAUUUUAUGAAAACGGAUAGGAAUCAUUUAUUUAUUCUAUUCAGAUAAAAAAAGAGUUUUAAAGCUUUGGCAACCAAAAUAUUGAUAAUUUAAUUUGCAAUAUUAUUUUAUCAACUUCCGGACGUAUAGCAGCAUACCUCACUAUGGCCAUGAGCGGGAAUCGAACCCGCAACCAUCUGUGUUGCGAACCUACCUCUCAAUCGACAAGCUAUUGCAGAUUGUCUAGGAUAUUGUAGUCAUACGGGAAUAUAUGUAUCAUUUAGUGUAAAGUGAAAAGAAAACCCCUCUAAGUGUUAAGCCUCGUAUUCAAAGUUCGCCCUUGAGGGUGAAUGAGAGUUUGUAUCGCCCUUAUGAAUACUGGCCGUAAAGGUGACCUCAACUCUCACUCACCCUCAAGGGCGAACUAUGAAUACGGGCCUGAGUCUAUUAACUAUUGUUAAUAAUAAUGAAAUAAGAAGUAAAAUUUUCUAAUUAAAUUGGUAUAACUAUAUAUAUAUACAUAAAUUUUUAUAAUAUACCACAAUAAUUAUGAAAAAAAAGAAAAGUUCGAUUUGCUCUGCGUCUGCGUAACUUGAGUAAGUUGUGAACGUUAGAGCACGUUUUCGUUUCUUAGUUUUUGCAAUCUUAAGCUGCCAACGAUUUUAAUCAAGAGCAAACAUUUCUGGUGAGUAAGAUUCGUCUUAUUUAAAAAGAUGUGAAUUCGUCUGAGUUAAAUAGAAGUGAAUUCGUCUGAUUUCUAUAGAAGUGAAUUCACCUAGGUCUUUACAGGAGUAUACCUGUUCAUCUGAAGUUCGUAUUUUGCUUUGCAACAAUGAAAAAAAGUUUUAUUAGAAAAGUGAAAAGGUUGACCCACCAAACAUUGUUGAUUUCCCGAAACAAUGUUACUGAAGAGCACAAUAUAACUGAUUUGUCAGUGUAUGACCAGAACGCUGAAAAAACAUUAGAUAGUUAUUCUAAUGAAACAAUUGAGGCUUUGCCUACAUCAGAACGUAGUAGCAUUGCUUCUGAAUGGAUAUCAAUACCAAGUAACGUAUUGGAAAAUGCUUCUCUCCCAGGACCAAGUCAAAGUGAUAGCCUGAGUUUUCAAGAAGAAAUUAAGCUGUGGGCAGUGAAAAAUCAAAUAACUCAUAAAGCGGUUGAGGAGCUACUGACUAUUCUCAGGAAACAACCAGGCUUAGAUGGUAUUCCAAAAAGUGCUCGAUCUUUCUUAUCAACAGUUCGUGAAGUAAAAACUAGAGUUGUGAGCCCUGGUACAUACUGUCAUCUGGGCAUUGAAAAGGUACUGAGUGAUUUUUUCAGGAUGCAUAAACUGAUACCUCCUGAAAAUCUUGAAAUUGCUGUAAAUAUUGAUGGACUCCCAUUGAGUAAGAGUUCUGGUAGUCAAGUGUAUCCUAUUUUAGGGGUGAUCUUGAAUUUGAACAUAACAGUUCAAAAUGUUGUUUUGAUUGGUUUAUACUGA